UCAGAUUAUUGUUCACAGACUCCACGCAGAUUUAGAGAAAAAGAAACUAGAACCUAGACAUUUGCAGAGGCACUUCAAGUGCAAGUACCCAGCCAUGGCCCAAGAGAAGCCAGGAUGCUCUAACCCAGUCCCCAAUGGUGACUGUGAAGUUCCAGAAAUGAUGGAACAAAGAACUUGUGCCCUCUGCCCUGAAGGCCAUGAGUGGAGUCAGAUGUACUUUGCACCAUCAGCGAAUAUAGCUGCUCAUGAAAACUGUCUGCUGUAUUCCUCGGGACUGGUGGAGUGUGAGGUCCAUGAUGCACCUAAUACAACUAGAAACUUUGAUGUCAAAUCAGUAAAGAAAGAGAUCUGGAGAGGGAGAAGAUUGAUAUGCUCAUUUUGUAGUAACAGAGGAGCCACCGUGGGAUGUGAUUUACAGUCCUGUGCCAAGAAUUACCACUUGCUCUGUGCCAAGGAAGACCACGCAAUUCUACAAGUUGAUGAAGAUCAUGGAACUUAUAAAUUAUUUUGCCAACGACAUGCUCCAGAGGGUCCAGAACCCACACAACAUGAUGCAGCCGCCAAAGAUCCUUUUCUUAAGAAAUGCAAGGAAGCAGGACUUCUUACUGAAUUAUUUGAACAGAUCCUAGACAAAAUGUAUUCAAUUCAUGGAAGAUUCAUGGAUGAGACUGCCUCAGAGUCAGACUAUGAAGGGAUUGAGACCUUACUGUUUGACAGUGGAUUUUUUGGAGAUACACUAAGAAAAUUCCAAGAAGUAAUCAAGAGCAAAGUGUGUGAAUCUGAAGGAAGGCAGAGGCAGAUGAAGCAGCAGCUGGAGGCACUUGCAGACUUACAACAAAGCUUGUCCUCAUUUCAAGACAAUGGAGACCUGGACCACUCAAGCUCUGCUUCAGGAUCCUCGCUACCUCCUGAGGACCACCAGGUCAGAUACCAGGGGUCUCCUGAAGUGCAAGCAGUUUCAGGAGUCAGCCUGUGACAGACCCACAGUCCCUCCCACUCUGCCCUGCUGCAGCUCAUCCAUGGUCAGUACCUGACUGGGUGUUUCUUGUCUCUUCUCACCUCACUUGUCCUGCUUUCCCCUGACAGUAAAAGCUGUUCUUCAGUCAACUGGA